AUGGAUUUAACUGCUGAUUUCAGCCCUUACCGCGCCGAUGGCAAGCUUUAUGGCUUCGUCUGUGUCGUGACCGGCGCCGCCCAGCCCGUUGGACGGGCCAUCGUUGAGGAGCUGGCAGUAUGCGACAAGACGACCAGCGAUGAGACGUUCAAGUCCCUCGUCACCAAGGUUCACCAGGAGCAUCCCAACACCAAAGUUAUCCCAUAUCCAUUCAACGUGGCCAAAGAAGAAGAAACGCUGGUCCUCAUCGACGAGCUGCUCAACGCCUUCGGCCGCCUCGAUAUCUGGGUGUCGUCGGCCGGUCUCCUGGGCCCACCAUCCAUCGCCGAGACGACGCCGGCAGAUCUGCAGCGGUGCUUCGAGGCGCACUCGAUGGCGCCCUUCUUUGCGCUCAAGUACGCGCCCCCGGCCAUGGCCAAGCUGACGGAGAAGCAGGCGUACCCCAACGCGGCGCCCAAGACGCAGAAGUACGGCAGCAUCAUCGUCAUCAGCAGUGUAGCAUCGUGGGGACCGAGUUACACCAUGUCUGCGUACGGGGCCCUCGGUGUCGUGAAGGCGGGCGUCGCGGUUCUCAAGGGCACCGGAGUGAGGAUCAACUGCAUCUCACCAGGUCAAAUUGACGUUGGCCUCGACUUAAACGGGUUGUCGGAGGCUAGCAUCGGCCUCGAACGACCGGGAAGUCCUCAAGAGGUGGCUCGAGUGGCUGGUUUCCUCGCCUCGGGCUUUAGUUCCUAUAUCACGGGGGCAAAUCUGGUCGUCGACGGGGGCUCCUCUGCCAUGAACCCGCUUACGGUACCACUCGGCAAGGCGUAA